AUGUCCGAACCACGGAAAGAACGGUUGGGCCGGCCCCAUAAAAAGGGGGGCCGUCCGGCACCUGGUAAAACCCCAGGCCAAUUUCUAGACGAGGAGGCUUCCAAGACAAAGCAACAGCACCUCUCUUCUCUUAAGACACUACAAGAAAUGUUCCCCGACUGGGCGGAAGAAGACUUGGUCGGUGUGCUGCAGGACACGCACGGCGACCUCGAGCUGGCUGUCCAGCGUAUCACUGAGGGUCUUGCCAAUACGUGGGGCCAAGUCAAGAAGAAGGCCCCGCGCAAGGAGCGUGACGAUGCGGCCACCGAAAAGCAACCCGAAGAGGCUGCCAAGUCCACACAACCCCGUCGCGACCGCGCUGAGCGUGGUCAAGGCAAGCCCAAAACUACGCCGCCGGCCGAACCCAAGAAGCGUACCAAAGACACAAAACUCUCGGCCUCCCAGGUGGUCGCUGCUGCUACAGCCGCCGCUGUUGCUACCUCGAAUUCUUCUGGUCCGUCAGACACUUCUUCCCCGAGCGAAAAGGUUCCUGCUCAGCCAGGCAAGAUGACCUGGGCCCAAAUCCUUGCCCAGCCCACUGCUACAAAGCCACCGGUGCCCCCCCAAAGCGUGUUGAACGAAUCUGUUGAAGAGUCCUCUGCCACCAAGGCUCCCAAGGCACCUAAGGCCCCCAAGGGUCCCAAGGCAGCUGCUGUUCCUGCUGUCGAUGCGGCCACCCAAGCAGCCAAAAUCGCGGUUACUGAUGCGGCACCUUCUGUUCCCAAGAAAAUGACAUGGGCAGAGGUUCUCGCCAAGCCUGCGACACCUGAGCCUGCCCCAGCCGCCCCGGCGCCUCCAGCGCCCGAGACAGCCGCUGACACUGAGGCUAUUCCUGCUGAGAAGGAAGCCGGCGAACCCGGUGCAAAGGACACUAACAAGCGUGAGCGACGCCGGCGAAACAAGAAGGCCGACAGCGCUCGUGUUAACGAUGUCACCCAACAGAUGAGUGAAGUUGAUUUGGCUGAUAAGGCCAACGUGGCUGACGCCGAGCAGACUGGUGCUGCUGGUGUUUCUGCCUCGCAGCUUUCUUCUGAACCGUCUGCUCCCAAAUCUCAAACUCCUGUAGUUGCUCCUGCUACCACUUCUGAGGUCUCCCAAGCUCCUCAGGCCCCUCAGGCUCCUCAUGCUCCUCAUGCUCCCCAGGCUCCUCAGGCCCCUCCUCAGGCCCCCCAGGCCCCCCAGGCGCCCGCUGCUCAGCAAAUCACCCAAACGCCGGGUGGUCCUGCACCCCAUAUGGGCGGUGCAUACGACUAUAAUGCCCAGCAGUACGGCUAUGCCCAGCAGUACGGCUACCCCAUGGCUCAGCGCUUCAGUAACUACGGUGAUUUGAGCGGCUAUGACGCCAACCAGCAGGCCUUUUACGGUGCCCCCCAGAUGCCCGGCCAGCCCCCUAUGCACCCUUAUCCACACCCGCAAGCCGGUCAACCCGGCCAACAGCAACAACAGCAGGACUCGUUGUAUGAUCAGAAGAAUGCUGGUGCUGCUCCGGGUGGUAUGCCGGCCGGUGCCUCCCCCUCCAUGGCCCACUACGGUCACCCCGGUGCGCCUAUCUACAUGAACCCCGCAUAUGCUGCGUACUAUUAUCAGAACUACGCCGGAUACGCAGGUCCUGGUGCUCCUCCAGUUGCUCCUCACCAGCCCUUCGGCGGCCCUAUGCCCCAGCAGCCCAAGAACUACGGUGGCUACUACGAUUUCUACCGCCAGCCCUCCGCUCAAGGCGCUCCUGGAACUCCGGGUUCCCAGGUCCCUGGUCAGGCUGAUUUUUUGCGUCACGAUCAGACCCAGCAACAACAGUACUACCAGUAUCCCGACCAGUACCAGCAGGGUGGUUGGGAUUACAGCAAGUAA